AUGGGGGCAAUGGCAAAGUUCAAGAAUAAGCAUCAUCGGGAUAUUUGGAGUUAUCUGCAAGAGAAGGUGAAGACAGAGUUGCCAAGUGUAGGAGACAUGGGAGUGAUUACAACCAAGUCUGAAGGGAGGCCAGAAUAUGUGGAGAUCCCUGAGUAUCCUGAACUGUUUGAUGCAUCACCAAAGGGGAUGAAAAGAUACAAUCGGGACCAAUGGUUUGCUGAAAUCAGGGCCUCCCCAACAAUAGAAGAAAAAUACUGGGAGAUUGCCAAGCAAAAGUAUUAUGGGCAUUACACCUUCCAGUUGAAACCAGAUUUUGAGCCAUAUGGUGCAUUGGAGUACAUGCAAGGCAUCACACGGACACAUCUCAUCAUAGAGGAGCGCCUGCCAGAGGUAUAUGAUGGGCUGGAUGCAGAAGCUGCCAAUCUUGUUGAACGCAUUUCUGAUCGCUUCCAAGAUGCUCUUAUUUUCCAGCUUACCAAUCACAAGGAAAACAAGUCGCACAAUGCAGUUGAGACUAGUCGUGCCAAAGCUCAAGUUGUCCUCCAGAGCCUAGUAGAGGUUCUCAUAGCAGAGCUCUGCUCUGAAUUUCCUCAUCUGCAAUCUGCCUCUGUGGACAUCUUGCCAAGAGUGGGAGCAACUUGGGUAGCUGGUGGACUUGGUCCACACAGGUCAUUACGGAGGCUACGAGAAAAAGUGUGGAAAAAAUCUGAGGAGGAGAUCAAUGAACCGUAUGAGGGGAAUGCAUCAGCUCAGGUGCGUACAGAGCUUCCCCUGCCAGAAGUAGUGCCUCGUGAUGACCCCCUGGUGCUGGAAGGCCCUGUGCCACAACCACUUUUCCACCCUAGAGCCUUAAAGCUCAAGGGAGAGCUCCUACACCCCAUCAACACCCCAGGGAUUUGGCCAUCAGACCCUUGCCCAUUUGGAUUGGUAGCAUUCCUCCCCCAAGACUUCCUAGUGAGGGAACACAUUUGUAGUUUUGGAGAUCAUUAUGACGACCAAGAAGCCCUACAUCAACGAGGAAUCAUAGCCGGUUUUGCUUGGACCUUCUCUCAAGCCAUCUUCCAAGGCUUUGAUCCAUACAAUGAUAUCACAUACCCCCUGGUGUCUCAUGUUGUGUUGAGUGAUGGCCGCAAUUUCUCCUUUUAUGUCUACCAGCUGAACACAAUCAAAUUUCAUGAUGAAUAUGCAAUGAAGAAUCCACAACGCAACUUGUGUUGGGCAACAACACAGCAACCAUUGUUUGAUGCUGUUGAGGGUGGUCAAUUGCAUGGAUUCAACAAAACUGUGCUUUUCAAUCUCCUCAAACUUUUGAUUCGAUCGCCUAAGGAACGUGUUGGAGUCAAUCUGCAACCUUACCUUGGUGCAGAGAAAGUGGCUGCAAACCUGAGUGAUGACCGUUAUCGAAACUGCAUUGAGGAACAGUACAAGCAUCUCUCAUCAAAUCGACCACGACACUUUGACCGACCGGAGAUCUAUCCAUGGGAGAAGAUCUACAAGGUGGAUCACAACACACGACCUGUGGAGCCCAAGAUCCGCUGGCUGCGGAAGCUUCCGAGUCAGCACUUCGUGUGCUACGUCACGUACGAUGUCAUGUGA